UAACAUAAUAAUAAAUUUUUCUGUAUGAAAUUAGACACUUUUCUUUCUUUCUUGAAAGUCAUUUUAACCAUUACAUUUUUUAAUUUGUCAUUUUUAAUUUUCAAAUUUUUUAAUGUAGAUGGAUUUAAAAGCAGCAAUCUCAAAUUAUUAAUGUAGAGAUAUUUCAAAAAUAUGUUUAUUAUCUUUCUCUUUUCAACAUAAAUGUUUUGUAAAAAAGAUCUAAUUUUGACUAAUAUUUUGUGGAAAAUUAAUUGUUAAUGUAAAAAAAUUACAUACAUAUGUUAUUUAUAUGUACACUGUAAGUCUUAGAAACAUGACAACAAAUAUAUUGUACAAAUAAAUUGUAAAUUGUAUAAAAACAUUAAAAAAUAAAAAAAAAAAUCAAUUUCAUACAUGGAAUAUUAUUAAACAAGAAGUUAAAUGUUAUUGAUAUAGUAGGUGAGGUUAUCACUAAAGCAAAUUCAAUACACUUAUAAUGAAUUAAAAAACAGAAAUAAAAUUGCUAUCCUAGAAAAAUAUGGUAACAUAGCAAAAUUAUAUAUUGCUACGUUCACGGAUAAGAUUUUAUAUUUUAAUGUUUUCUGCCUGUUAUAUAAUUUUAUAAAUUAUUUAAAAAAAUUAUAUAACGUGGAAAAGUAUUAAUUUUUUAUUUAAAUAAAUUAGUAAUAUGUGUAUUAAUCUUCCUCUUAGUAUUUGUGCGUAUGGCAUAUCUGUUUUUAUCAUUCUGUCAAUUUGGCCUUAUAUUGUCAGUAUAAUUCUAUUCAUGAAUAAUACCCAUCUAUGCCCAAGGAUUCAAUUCACCACAGUAUGUUUUGUUAAUAAAGAAAAUUGUUGCUAUUUUAUUUUUUUGCACGCAAAUGUAGCCCUGUGCAUAAAAGCAACUGCAAUGGUAGCAACAGGAACAAUGCUAUUAGUAUAUUUCAAACAUAUUUGUGGAAUGUUUAGUAUCGCCAGGUAAAUUUAAAUAUAAAUAUUUGCAUUAAAAUUAAAGCUCAACUUACUUAUUCAAAUAAAUUUAAAGUAAUCAGAUGAUUACUACACAAAAUUACGAGAAUUCUUUAAGAAACUCAAAUAAUCCUAAAAUAUAUGUUAUAUAUAAUAUGUUAAUAAUAAAUGAUUCUUCCUUCAGUAAUAACGGAGACUGGGAUAGUUGUUACACUUUUUUUCUAUUUUUUUUUACACAAAACUAACAACUGGAAUGCAAAUUGCUAGAGCAUUUUUUAAUAUCUACAUCCUAAAAACUAAACAAAAAUAAUUUUUUUAAUUAAAUAGUACUAUUAAUUUAAACGCGUUAAUAAAAAAUAUGAGAUGACUAUACUUGUAACAAUUAACCAACCCCUUAUGCAGGGUAAAUUGUUACACUUACUAGAACUAAUUGUUACAAAUCAAGUUUUCGUAAAAUAAUACAUUUUAUAAAUAAAAAUUUAAAAAAAAUUGUAUACAACACAAUUUUUAUUAAUAAAUUUUGUUUAAAAUUGAUGCAUUUGGGUUACAUAAACAAACGAAAAUUACUCGGUAUGUACUACUCGUCGUGACAACAUGAAAUUCUAAGAUUGUGAUAACUGAGGAUUAAUUCUCAUUGUUUUUUAGUACAAUAUAAAAAUAUAUUAUGUAUGCUAAGAAAAUAAUAUUUUAGACAUUCUUAAAUUUUCGAUUUUACUUUUACUUAUAUCAUUAAAUUCAAAUGUAUCAGAAACUGAAAAAGACUAUCAUCUAAUUGUUGUAGUAGUUACGCAAGAAUAAAUCUAUCAAUAUAUCAACAUUAUUCAAAGAGUAAGUUUUAUUUUUAAAAAUUUACACAAACGUUUAAACUCACAUUUCGAAUUUUUUUCCAUGCAAGGUAUAAAAAGAUUGUCUGUAGUCACAAGUUACGUCAUCUUCUAAAGAUGUAAAAAUGGAUGUCAAAAAUAGAAAAAUUCUUACUCUUCUUUACAAAAUGACAUAAAUGCGCUUCCAAUUUUUUUUAACAAAUAAUUUUUAUUAAGCAUUAGACACGCUUGAACUAUUUUUGUUAUAUCUAUAAAAAAUUAAUAUACAUAGAAUUUAAGAAAUAUAAAUAUAAUUAUGUAAAUACGAAUUAAUGAUAUUUUCAAAAAAUUACGUAAUAUUUACCAGUGAUACAGUGGUAAACGUUAUUUAAAAUAGUACGCAGACGUUAAACAGGAAAACGUUAAAACCUAUUGUGUUAUCGCACCUGUGCAGUCCAUUGUCAUGUGAUUCCCUUCAUGAAGUAUCUCUUUAUGGGAAAUAAACAUCUGUUGUAUUAUUACUAUAGUUGACUCGCUUGUUUAACCCUUGUGGAAUAAAGAUGUAAAUUACCAAGUGUUUCGAUCUCACGCUGUAUAUUUCGUUCAUAUUUCGUUUAUUCUGUACUGAAUUUAAGUUAAAUUAGACAAUUUAGUAUAAAAUUCACCUAAAAAAAAAAGAACAAUAGAACUAUAGAACAUUCAAUCAAAUAAAAGAAAAAAAAUGCAAACUGAUCAUUUCUUCGUGAAUUAAUCGUCACUCCGUAUCAGUGCUAACAAAAAAAUGAUCCGUACUGAUUCUUGGCAUAUCAGCCUCAAUCGGUUCCUAUUACUCAUAGUUGGUCUUUGGCCUUAUCAGCAAUCUAAAUAUGUUCAACUUCAAUUAAUUUUACUUAUUGGUAUUUUGGUAAGCUUUAUUCUAUUUCAGUUUACAGUAUUUGUGACUUUAAAGUAUACUCCGGUUUUAUUGAUUAAUGUUCUGUCUUCGGCAUUAUAUUAUAUUUUAUAUGUGAUUAAAUAUAUUUUCUUUAGUAUCAAUACUAAUAAUGUAAGUAAAAUAAUAAUUAUAGAUAUGUACAAUGUACAUACAUAUAGAUAAAUAUUUUCAAAUUAUUGGAAGUACAUUUCAAUAUACAACUGCAAUAAAAAUAUAAUAUUUUUCCUAAACUUAAUCAAAAGAAAAAUAGACAAAAUAUAUAGUAUUUUCUUAUAUUUAAUUUAUAAUUUAAAACAAUAGGCAAAGUGCUUAUUGGAUGAAAUACAGCAUAUCUAUAAUGAACUAACUGACGAGAACGAAAUAAAUAUUCUAAAAGAGUAUGGCAAUUAUGUAAAACGUGUCACAAUUGUAUUUUCAUGUAAGGCAAUAAUUUUUGUUGCAUACAAUUUAUAUUUAAAAGAUAAUUAGCAAAUUAUAAUAAAUCUACUUAACAAGUAUAAUAAUUUUUAAACAUUAUUUUCAGCGCUUUUGAUGUUUAUCAUACUUUUUUUAAUUGUGAACUUAUUUUGGCCUUACAUUUUCAAUAUUUUGUUUCCGACAAAUAGAACUCAAUCAUGUUCUUCAUUGCCACUUAUGACCGAAUAUUUCGUCGAUCAAGAAAAAUAUUCCUGUUUGAUAUCGUUCCAUGCAAACGCGGCAACUGGCAUAGGAACUACGGCGAUAAUUGCGAUAGGAACAAUAUUUUUAGUUUAUUUAAAACAUGCAUGUGGAAUGUUUAAAAUCGCUAGGUGCGAGAAUAAGUAUAAAAACAAAUACAAAACAAUUUAGAAAAUAAAAAGGAUUAUAUAAUUAUAACUGAAGAAUUACUUACAGUUACCGUAUCAAAAGAGCAAUGGCAUUCGAAACAUUACAAAAAAACAGUUUAGAAUAUGAGAAUUUAAUUUAUAAUAAAUUAAUUUAUGCCGUAAAUAUGCAUCGCAAAGCUAUGACGUUAGCAUUCAUGCAAUAAUAAUUAUACAAUAAUUUUAAUAAUUGAUAGUGCAUGUAAAAUACGUGUAGAGUAAUUUUUUUUUUUUCUUAAAGAUUCUGUAACUCAUUAAUGUCUAGAUUUCAACUAAUGUUCUCCUGUAUGAUAGUAGUCGGGGUACUUAGCGCAAGUCUUAACAUCUUUCAGGUAAAUAUUGUCCUUUUUUAAACACAUAGUUAUAAGAAUAAUUGUAACAACAUUAUUUAAUAUCAAAUUUUCAUCGAUAGUUCUACUAAAUUAGACAACAUGUAACAUUAUUUGAUAUUAUUUAACAUUAUUAAAUUUUAUCAAGAUUUUUAUCAAGAUUUUAAAUUUUGUAUUUCAGAUUUUUCAGAUGAUAUCACAUGAAUAUGAUAUUGUCGAACUUAUGUUACAUUCAUUAUUUGUCAAUAUCCAUUUCCUUUAUUUAAUCCUUGGUAAUUAUUUUGCACAAGAAAUUAUUGAUCACAAUAAAGAUGUGUUUGCUACCGCGUAAGAGAAAUAUUUAUGUAACAUAAUUAUAUGUGCAUAUAUUAUCUUAUAAAUUAAUAAAAUAAAAUAAUUGACUUAUAAAAUAAUUAACAAUUAACUUAAUUUAAAAAAACUAAAUAAUAAACUUGAUCUCAAAAUUUUUAAAAAAUUAAUCUCAUGACGUAGGUACAACAUCCAAUGGUAUGUAGCUCCGCUGCAAGUACAAAAAAUGGUACUGUUUCUCUUGCAAAGAGGUAACAAGGCAUACAAUUUGUCUAUUGCUGGAUUGUUUGUAGGAUCAUUAGAAGGUGCUUCUACGGUAAGAAAAAUAUGUUCAAAAUAUGUGUUAAAUAUAAAAUAUAUUUUCAACAAAAAAAAAAAAUAAAAAAAUUUUUUUUAUUAUAGUUGUUCAGUGCCAUAAUAUCGUAUUUCACUGUUCUUUAUUCUACACAGAAUUGACAUAAAACUUAUAAUGUAAUAUAUAAUGUAGUAAGCUUAUAAUGUAGUAAAAUAUAGUAAAAAAAUUAGUUAAAUACAAAUUAGAUGGCAUAUCUUAAAAAAAUAAUAAAUUGAUAAUCUUUAUAGAACUUUAAGGACUCCUAACUUUUUAUUUAAAAAAUACAAAAAUAUUUCAAGCAAUAUUUACAGUAAGUCAUCAAUCAUAAAUUAAUAAUUAAUUAAUACGUAAGGUUGAACGAUUUCUCUAAAUCAUCAGAUAUAACUUAUGAGUGAGCAUUUAAAGUACUAACAACAGUGUCCUUUGGUAGUGAUGGAAAUUUACUCAAGGUUGACGGUCUUUAACAGUAUCUCGUCGGUGUCACAUGUGUAUACACGUUUACGAAAUAUCAAGCUAAUAAAAUUAAUACUAUAUUAUCAGUGUCUUACUUUCUACUAAUCACUUAAAUUUUAAUAAAGACGUGAACUCCCGUAAGAGUAUCGGUCUUUAAUAGUAUCUUGGCAAAGGAUAUAUACAUGUAGGAUAAAUUAAAGAAUGAUGGCCAUACGGAAAAGAUGGCCAAUAGUUAUAAUUUUUCCAAUAAUAAUUAAAUAAUAUGUUCUUAUAAUUGUUUUAAAAAAUAAUUAACAUUUACUGUAGUAUAUGUGCGUAUACUAUUCGGAAUAACAAUAUGAUGGAUAUUAUAUCACGUUUUUACUUUUGACUACUUGCAAAGUUUUUCAUCUGUUCAUAAAAAAUUGUCACAAGGUCGAAUAAAUUACAAUUGAGUUGUUACAAUUAAUGUUAGAUACAUAACGAAGAUAUGUAAGUUGUAAUGUGUAACUAUACCGCACUCCAGCAUAAGAAUAAAGUAUCGCAUCAUAGCAAGUUCUAAUUGAAUUUUUGAUAGUUUUCGAUAGUUCCACAAUAGUUCGGACUAUUUCAACCAAUUUUGCAGAGUUCUGUAAUAUAUAUAUUAAUUAUAUUUGUUGAUGCUUCUUUAAAGAUUCAAACGUAUCUUAUAAGUGCACAAACUAGAAUGAAACACCGUUAUAAUGCGUUAUUGAUAAGAAUGGAAUGCGCCUGCGUAACUUUCGAUCAAGUUUUUCUACAAGAAUAUUUCUCAAUGGGAUAUAAACAUCUGUUAAAUUUCUUACGGCGUUGAAUCGAUUAUUUAAUUAUAUUGCUUCUCAGAACCAUAAUAAACCGUAAAUAUUACACUUUUGUGAUAUUAUGUUCUUGCAUUCAAUUACAUUGAGUAAUUUAUAUUAGAAUUGAUGUUAGAAGUCAUAAAAUAUUUAAUUAAAAGAAAAAUAUAAUAUCUUCUUCUUCUUGUACCCUUCUAAAUAACAAUUUCUUAUUUUUUCACUAUCAAAUAUAUUCCCGUGCUCGCAGAAAUGAUUUUAGAAAGUUUUAGACUCAAUCGAUUUCUUUUGCUCGUGAUUGGUUUAUGGCCUUAUCAGAAAUCGAAGUUUGCCAAAGUUCAAUUUUCAGUAUUUUUUAGUAUUCUAAUAACUUUUAUUGGAUUUCAGGUACUCUUAUAAAUUAUUCUUAAUAAUUGAUUGAAAAAAAAAAGAUAGAGAUAUUCAAGAUAUUUUCAUUACUAUGCGCUAUGUUGUAUAACCUAUCUUAUUUUUUUAUAAUCACACUGUGCUAUAUUUACAUUAUUGUUAAAGUAAUAAUAAAGAAUAAAUUUAUAAUAAAUUAUAAUAAAGUUAUAAUAAAGAAUGUAAUUCAUAAUUAAAAUAGUUAUAACAAUUGUGCAAAUAUAUAAUUUUCAUUUGUCUUCACAAAACAAUUGCUACGUAGAAAAAUAGAACACAGAAUUUAUUCAUCACAUAAAAAUAUUGAUUUAAAUAUAUAGAUGUAUUUUUUGACAGAGUUAUGAUUUGCAGUUUACAACAUUUGUGACUUCAGACUGUACAACGGAUCUCAUCAUCAAGGUUUUAUCUUCUGCAUUUUUUUUCAUUUGCUUAGCAAUUAAAUAUAAUUCGUUCUGGAUUAAUGCGAAUGCUGUGAGGUUGUCACUGGACCAAAUUCAAUACACUUAUAAAAAAUUAAAAAACAAAAAUGAAAUUGCUAUCCUAGAAAAAUAUGGUAACAUAGCAAAAUUAUAUACCGCUACGCUUAUAAGUAAGAUUUUAUAUUUUAAUGUUUUCUGCAUGUUAUAUGAUUUAAUAAAUUAUUAAUAAAAAAAUUAUAUAACGUAGAAACGUAUUAAUGUUUUAUUUAAAUAAAUAAAUAAUAUAUACUGAUUAAUCUUUCUCUUAGUAUUGUGUUCAUGUAGCAUAUCUGUUUUUAUUAUUCUGUCAAUAUGGCCUCAUAUUGUCAGUAUAAUUCUAUUCAUGAAUAAUACUCGUCUAUGCCCAAGGAUUCAAUUCACCACAGAAUAUUUUGUUAAUAAAGAAAAUUGUUGCUAUUUUAUUUUUUUGCACACAAAUGUAGCCCUGUGCAUAGGAGCAACUGCAAUGGUAGCAACAGGAACGACACUAUUAGUGUAUUUCAAACAUAUUUGUGGAAUGUUUAGUAUCGCCAGUUUUCGUAUUGAGAAGGCAAUGAUGACGAAUAUGCUUCAAGAUAUUAAUCAAGAGAAAGAAAUUUUAAUUUAUAAAGGAAUAAUCUAUGGAAUAGACAUUCAUCGCAAAGCAACAGAGUUUUCUCAAUUGUUUAUGAAGAAUUUUGAGGGAUCGUUCUUCUUUUUAAUAGUAGCUGGCAUGAUUUCUGUAAGCAACACUCUUGUUCAAGUUGUGUCUAUUAAUAAUAUUGAGGAACUAUUAUUACCUUUGUUAAUAAUGCUUUUUUUGUACAUAUAUUUGUUUAUAUCUAACUAUACUGCACAAGAAGUUAUGGAUCACAAUAAUCGUGUAUUUGCUACUGUAUACGACGUUCAAUGGUACAUAGUACCUUUACGUAUACAAAAAAUGCUGUUAUUCUUAUUGCAAAGAGGUACGAAAGCUUUUAAUUUGAAUCUUGGUGGAUUGUUUAUAGGAUCUUUAGAAAGUGCUGCUACGUUAAUAAGUACUUCAAUAUCUUUCUUUACGGUUUUGUAUGCUACACGGCAAAAAUAAUAUAAUGCUGAC